AUGUCUGUCGCCAAAGAAAAGAAGUGGUAUCAUAUCCAGUGGUAUUCUGAUACAGAUACACCGGAGGAGCGAAAGUUUAUCAUUAAGCUUGAUCUUCUUAUUGUCCCGUAUGCUGUGAUAGCUUAUUGGGUGAAGUACAUUGAUCAGUCCAACUUGAAUAAUGCGUACGUCGCGGGUCUAAAAGAGGACCUGGGCUUCAAAGGCAAUGAACUUGUUCAACUACAAACAUUCUACAUCAUCGGCGCCGUCUUGGGCCAGAUCCCCUUCUUCUUCCUUCUCACCUAUGUCCCCAUCCACUGGUUGAUCCCAGGUUUGGACGUUUGUUGGGGAGUCUUCACACUUCUUCAAUACAGAGUCAACAGUUUCGCCGAACUGGCAGCUUACAGAUUCCUCGUCGGAUGGUUUGAGGCAGCUUUCUUCCCUACUAUGCACUAUCUCUUUGGCUCAUGGUACAGAGGCAACGAAAUUGCUCGCCGUGGCGGUAUCUUCUACGUCGGCUUAUCGCUCGGAACACUUACCGCUGGCCUCAUUCAAGCCGGUGCUUCAGCUCGACUCGAUGGUGUGAAUGGAUUGGAGGGUUGGCGCUGGAUGUAUAUCAUCUGCGCGCUGAUCACCAUUCCGGUCGGCAUUGCUGGAUAUUUCGUCAUCCCAGGAACACCUGAUCAACCGAACCGUCGCGUUUUGAACCAGCAUGACAUCGAUGUUGGUGAGCAGCGACUCAGACGAGCGGGCCACAGCAGUCAUGGAAAGAUGAAGCUAGGACACCUGAAGAAGGUCGUUCUGUCACCGCAAUUCUGGGGUAUCAUUCUCGUCGAUGUCCUGUUCUGGAACGCUGGAACUCACAGUAGCUCGGGCUCUUUUCUCUUGUGGAUUAAAAGUCUGAACCGCUAUUCGAAGGCCAAGGUCAACGAGUUGGGUACCAUCGCACCAGCCCUGGGCAUUUUCUACACUCUCUUCGUUUGCUUUGCGUCAGAUCUUGUGCUGGGGCCUGCGUGGGCUAUCACUGUUUCGACUGUAUGGAACGCGCUCGGUCUUAUAAUCCUCACCAUCUGGAACGUCCCGGAAUCAGCCCUCUGGUUCGCAUAUUCGACCAUCUACGCGUCGGUCGCGCUAUCAAGUGUUCUUCACGGCUGGGUCAAUACGCAACUUCGAGCAUCUCCAGCUGAGCGGUCCUUCACGCUUGUCCUGAUCAAUGCGAUCUCGCAGUCGACAACAGCUUGGACACCUUUGCUUGUAUUCCCGACCGUCGAAGGGCCUCGCUUCCCUAAAGGUUACCCAUUUGCUUUGGGAUGUGCUAUUGGUCUGCUCAUUGCGACGCAUGCCCUUCAUCUAUGGCUCAAGCACCGAGAUCCUCAAGCUGAAGCCCCAACUCAAUUUUUGUCCGAAGAAACCGGUGAUAUAUCUUCCGAUACUGGGUCUAAGACCGCCAACUCCAAAACUGCAUCCGUCAACUGA